UGACAUCAGUGUAAUUGCUGAGGUAUGAGGCGUGUCUCCUGUUUGAAUAAGUGUGCAGACUGGAGCUGAAUUAAAAAGAUGGAAUUAUUGGUGUUUAAUGAUGAACACAUUGUGUAACAGUGCUGAGACAGCAGAGUAUUAAUUAUUGCUGAUAUUUCUGUUUAAUUCUAGAAUGAUGAAGAGAAAGAGAUCAGACUCACCAGAACCCAGCUGUGUGUCCUUAAAGAGUGACCGGUCAAUGGAUCAUCCACGUCACUUCAGAGACGGAGCCAGUUCUCCUGAUGUGAGACCACAACAGAAGAAAUCAAACCUCAGCAGAAAUCAGUUGAACUCCAUAUUCAAGGAGCUGGAACACAAAGUCAUCACUCUGAUAAAGAAUGAGCUGAAGAGGUUUAGGAAGCUCCUGAGUCCAGAUUACCCAGCAUGCACUGAGAGGGAGGUGGAGGAUGAGGAGGAUCUGCACAGUGUCAGAGACGGAGCGCUGAAGAUCACACUGCACGUCCUGAAGAACAUGAACCACACAGAUUUCGCUAACACACUGCACAACAAGUCUGUGGCCUCUGUGUAUCAGCCAAAGCUGAAAUCCAGCCUGAGAGAGAAGUUUAGAAGAAUUAAUGAAGGAAUCUCACAGCAUGGAAGCUCAGCACUUCUGAAUGAGAUCUACACAGAGCUCUACAUCACAGAGGGUUGGAGUGGAGACGUCAAUAAUGAACAUGAGGUGAGACAGGUUGAGACAGCGUCCAGGAGACCAGCAACACAGGAGACACCCAUCAAAUGUAAUGAUCUCUUUAAAGACAAGUCCAUCUGAAGAGUGCUGACUAAAGGAGUUGCUGGAAUUGGAAAAACAGUCUUUGUGCAGAAGUUCAUUCUGGACUGGGCUGAAGGAAAAGCAAAUCAGGACGUCACCUUCAUGUUUCCACUUCCCUUUAGAGAGCUGAAUCUGAUGAAGCAGAAACAUCUCAGUCUGAUGGAUCUUCUUCAUCACUUUUUCCCUGAAAUGAGAAAACUACAAUUAAUAGACUCCUGCACAGUGGUGUUGAUCUUUGAUGGUCUGGAUGAGUGUCGACUUCCUCUAAAUUUCCAGAAGAAUGAGAGAUUGUGUGACGUGACAGAGUCAGCCUCAGUGGAUGUGCUGCUGACGAACCUCAUCAAGGGGAAUCUGCUUCCCUCUGCUCUCCUCUGGAUAACCUCUCGACCAGGAGCAGCCAAUCAGAUCCCUCCUGAGUGUGUAGACCAGGUAACAGAGGUACGAGGGUUCAGUGAUCCUCAGAAAGAGGAGUACUUCAGGAAGAGGAUCAGUGAUCAGAGCCUGGCCAAUAAAAUCAUCUCACACAUGAAGUCUUCAAGAAGGCUCUACAUCAUGUGCCACAUCCCAGUC